ACUGACAUAUUCUCUCCUGUACCUAUUCUUCAUGAAUUCAUAUAGACCAUAAAAUUUUCACAAAAGAACUGAAGAAGCUAGCUUGUUCAAUCUUCAACACAAUCAUAUAUGGCUCGUUGUUUCUCUUUCUUGACUACUUUUAUUGUUCUUCUUGCCAUCUUCUCUUCCAUUCCACUCUCAUCUUCUACACCUUUUAUUGUUCUCCAUGGUAUUUCAAUGUUUUGCCAAGAUUCAGGAACUGUUUAUUACACCCAGACACUUAAAUCCUUGUUACGUGUUCAAGGAUCAUGCGUGGAAGUUGGAAAUGGACUACGUGAUUCAUGGAUGAUGCCAAUGGAGAGCCAAGUUAAAGAUGCUUGUGGCAAGAUCAAGGGAAUGGCACACCUACAAGGAGGUUACCACAUGGUUGCUCUCUCCCAGGGCAACAUGGUUGGCAGAGGAGUAAUUGAGACAUGCGAUGGUCCACCGGUGAAGAGUUUCAUCUCAGUAGGAGGGCCAAAUGCUGGUCAUUCUUCAACCUUUCCUUGCGGAAAAUUUCCCUGGUGCGGAACGAUUGGGCAAUAUUAUGAAAAGGGAGUAUACACUCCCGAUACUCAAGAUCACUUGGCUCCUAGUGGCUAUAUCAAGAUUCCAAAUGAUAUGAAGGGAUACUUGUCAGGCUGCAGAUUUCUGCCAAAGAUAAACAACGAAGUCCAAGACGAUCAAAGUGCAAUCCGCAAGAAAAGAUUCACUAGCCUCACACUACUUGUUCUCAUCUUGUUUCAAGCUGAUACAAUUAUCAUGCCACAAAUAAGUUCUCACUUCGGCUAUUAUCCAGAUGGGGAUUUCUCCGCGCCUGUGCCUGUACAGAAGACUCAAGUUUACAUAAAGGACACUUUCGGUUUUAGAACAUUGGAUGAAGCAGGAAAAGUUAAGUUCUUCAAGGUGCCUGGCGCUCACCUUGUAAUAACUGUUGAUGAAAUUAAACGGUAUAUUGUUCCAUACAUGAAAUGAUAGGAUGCAUCACUAGCAUGAACCAGGAGGAUCUGUGGGCGCAUCCAUUCUUUAAAAUACUCUAUAAUUAUUAUCCAUAUACAAUAAAUUAAUCUUCUUAUAUCA